AUGCUAAUUUCAGAACAACAAUCACCAUCACCAUCACCACCAUCACCAUCAUCGCCAUCAUCUCCAUCACUAUCAGAAACAGAACAGUUUGAGUAUCAGUUUGAGUAUCAGCUUGAAAAUCAGCUUGAAAAAAAUGAAAAUAUAAUUGAUAAUCAAUUCGAAUCGAUUGAACAACAAUUUGAACAACUUCAAUAUCAACAGCAAUUGGAAUUUCAAUUUGAAGAAGGAAAGCGUAAAAGUCUUUUAGAACAUAUCCAAAAUCUAAUAGAUUUAUACCAAACCCAAUAUACCUGUAAAUUCCCAUUUUUAGAAACCCAAUAA